AUGAAGAAGAAGAAGAGGAAGAAGAAGAAGAAAAAGACGAAGAAGAAGAAGAAGAAGAAGAAGAAGAAGAAGAAGAAGAAGAAGAAGGGGGAGAAGAAGAAUAAGGUAGGCUCACCGGAACAGGUUUAUUUAGAUGCUGGCGUUUCGAAGAGCUUGGUCGGUUCUCCAUUGUCAAAGCGUAAAAUACCCUUAAUCGACCAGAAAUCCCAAGUGCCGUGUCACGUUGGUCGGCCUUAUGCUGAUCGAUUUUUCUCUCCUCUCGCCGCCCCGGUCUCUCGGGCGAUGAUUGACGGGCGUUUUGUCUGCGUGCGUUGUGAGUCACCACUCCUUCGGGGGGAGGUGACUGAACCAGUGUCUUGGGGUCGGUCUGGCGGUUCAUGUUUUUUUCACCGGGUAAACUCGCAGUCGGGCUGUCGCCGUAUGGCCUUCUUAAGCCCGGUGUGGUUGCUUGGUCCUGAGCUCUACGAUGAUGAUGACGCAAGACAUUGUACGCUGUAGGAAGGUCCAGAUGCCUGUUGAUGGAGUGGGCAUCGGAGAACCAGGCCUCGAGAGUUAGCCGUUUUGUUUUUGUGUUGCUCGGCCAAAGAUGGUAGCCCGCUGGAGACCGAAGGUAUGCCCAGUUUCUCCAACGUGUGUUGCUAGUUGAGAGUUUGGGUCUAACCUCCGAGUAGCCGUUUUGUGCUCUUGUAGGCGAGGUUGCAAUUUCCGCCCGGUUUCUCCCACAUAGUUGCAGUCGUCCUCAUUGCAAUUUAUUUUGUCGAUAACUGCUGAGGUUUCGACGGAUGGCAAUGGGUCCUUAGGUUGCAUCAAAAGGCGUCGAAUUAUUGCCUGGGGUCGGUGGGCUAUGCCUACUCUGGUAGGUUGUAAAAAAUGAGAGAACGCCACAGAAAGCCCUUUAACGUAGGGAAUGGCCCUCCAGACUUCAGCUUGCGGCUCAUUUGGCCGUCGCCUGUGCGCCCGACGUAUUCCUCUCUCAAUAAAAUGUCUGGGAUAACCAUUAGCUGCAAAUAGGUUCUGAAGAUGCAUUCGUUCGGCUUUUUUUAUCUUCUUCGGUUGGAAAGACUGACUUUGAGCGUACCGUGCCUACCAGUCAGUUAUAAACAACUGCAAGAAAGUUAGUUCGACGAAAUUCCCUAGAUGAGUACGGUGAUGUCGAGGUUGGAUAUGGCAUGCUAGCCCCCGCACAAUGGCAAUCCUCAUCUUUUGACAGCUCAUUCGAGGAGACCUGUGCCCUCCAAGUUUGCUUCGCCAUCAUUUAGGGCUGCAUUUUGGAAUAGUCACCAUAGUUCUUAGCAGUUACGGCACGUUACCAUCUACUCCCUCCUUUGGGUUGCAAGCGGUAUGAGGUUGACCAGUGUUCUAGCUGCGUUACCUUGUAGCCCUUUACGGAAGCAUUUGAUCGAAAAUAUGCAACCUGCAUAGCUGAGGCGACACAGCUAGCCUAUUCUAGGCGUACGCGCAUAUCCAGUCUGGCAUGAGUCCUGAUGAGUUUGCAUCGAAUGAUCGUGUAACUGAGAAGGAAGUCUUCCACUAAGUCAGCACUCAAAAUCGCCAUUCUGUUGCAUUCGUCCUGCUGGUUAUCCGAGUUUGUGGGAAGACGGGGUUAGGAGAAACCGGCGGGACCCGCUGGUGUGAAUAUGCUUGGCGUUUCUGAUUGAGAUCCUAAGUAAACAACUUUCUUGAUGUCCUUUUAGAAGUCUACCCCCUAAUGUCGUAAACCCUAGAGUCCCACAAUGCAGAUGCAACGAAAACGGCUCCGUCUCUCCACCCCCUAUACACCUGCGCAGAACAUUUACUACUCCUCACCAAGAGCUUCUGACUAG